AUGUCAAUAGAAUCUCCAAAUGUGUCAGCUUCAGAAGUGUUGCAAGAAACGUGCAAUUACAUAAGGAGCUUACAUGGGGAAAUGAAUGAUUUAAGUGAUCGAUUGUCGCAACUCUUGGCCGCAACACAAAACGAUAGCGCCGAGGCUGCUCUCAUUAGGAGUUUAUUAAUGUAA